AAAUGCGAUCCCUUUCAAGCAAAGCAAAAAGCGCAGAAGGAGAACUACGAACAACAUCCUCUCCUACACUUACCCAAACACAAUUUCCGUUAUCUCCUACACUUACCCGAACAACACCACCUACAUCCUCUUCUACACAUACCCAAACACCACCAACCUACAACCUCUUCUACACCUACUCAAACACCAGCACAUACAACCUCUGCUUCGCUUACCCAAACACCACCACCUACAACUUCGUCUACACCUACCGAAACAGCACCAUCUACAACCUCUUUCCCAAGUACCCAAACACCACCAUCUACAACCUCUUUCCCACCUAUUCAAAUACCACCAACUAGAACCUCUUCUCCACCAACCCAGACACCACCACCUACAACCUCUUCUACACCUACCCAAACACCACCACAUACAACCUCUUUUCCACUUACUCAGACACCACCACCUACAACCUCUCCUCCACUUACUCAAUCACCACCACCUAAAACCUCUCCUACACCUACCCAAACACCACCAACUACGACCGCGACACAUGCUCCACGCUUCGACGAUUUAUCAAGCUCUGAGACAGCAGUAUCUGAACCAUGGCACGACUACAUUUCAACGAUGGAGAGUAGCGAACCUACAUCAAUCGGAGCAAUGGGUGGGGGCAUUGAGGUUGGAGGAUGCUGUGUGGUCUUUCCCAAGGAUGCUCUAAUAAAACCAGAAACCUUUGUACUGACUGCUCAUUUACCCGGUCCAAUACAGAGUGAGUAUCUUCUGGAUCCGCUGAUUCUAAAAUGCGAACCGUCAAAGUUAUUUCCAUUCAAAUUUCUCGUCAAAAUAGAGUCAAAUUUUACUUUCACAGAACGGGAAUCCAGUAAUUAUGAGGUACAAGAAAGUGAUGAUGGAGAAAUCUGGAAACGUCUGUCAGUGCGUUGCCAUGUAGAGGGAAUUCACUUUAUUUUUCAAACCAAGCAUGCAUCAAUGUGGAGAGUCAAACUUCAAAAACCCGAUCCGGAAAUGAAAAUCAACUUGAUUUCGGUUAUCUGGAAACGAUCAGCCAACGAGCUUAUUUGGAAUCUUUGCAAAGAUUUUACGUUAAUUAGAAAACAGAUUGGAAAUAGCGCGAUAUCGAACAGGAGAAUUAUUGUCCGAAAAGACGAGGAUUUAACUUUUUACAUUGAAGAAGUGGGUAAACAAAUUCUCGAUAUUGAUUCAGAGAAAAUAUGCAUCCGAUGCAACCAAGUAUUUGAAUGUGAGCGGCUUAUAUGCAUAGACGAUGCCCAAGGUCGCCAUGCAAUUAAAGUGACCUUGAUUAGUGGAGACGAUGAAGUUUACACUGAUCAGUUUCGUUGGAAAGUCGAAACCUCACCUAUGGCCAAAGAGUCAAGAGAACGAGCAGCUACAAAAACAGGUGGUAUCAACGUGGAAAAUUCUAAACUGAAGGGUGUGGUGUUAGGUAGCACAAAUGCAUCAGUAAAAAAAUAGCAACACGAAUAUAUGGUUAACUGACGCGGCCUUUUAUUUUGACACUUAAAUUCAUGUUUUUUUUUAUAGUAGGGUGGGGAAAUAUGGGACACCUUUUUAUUCUACUUUAUAGUCCCAUUUGGUAGUAAACAAAGAACAUUCAAAGAAUUAUAUAAAACCGUAUCCUCACGACUCCCAUAGACCGUUGUUAAUUGUUUAAAACACAAGGAUAUUUGGAUAUUAUGUGCUAAAGACGUCCCAUCUUCCCCCACCCUAUUAUGCGAUAUGCAGGAGUGUUUUUUUAUAAUAUUGUACCUAUUCAAUGCCUUUUGUCUUAUUAAGUUUCUUUCGUAUUUUCUUUUACUCUGUGGUCACUUUCCUUUUAUCUAAACUGUGUCUUGGGUGUACCCGUUAGCAAUAACGUCUAAACAAGACGUAGGCCUACUCACUGUGGUAUUGCAGAAAACUCCUGCUCAAAAUUCUCGCCGUACUUAAGGAAAUUUCUCUUCCUCGAGAACUAAUACCUUUCGAAAUAUUUUGUUUAAACAGAAAGCUAGUUUAUCUGAUAUCAUCUUUUUCUGAACCCAACUUUGGUUUGGACGAACACUUAUCUGCUUUCUUUUCAUGAAACUUUGUUCGAUAAUGGCACCGUAUAGCACAGUUGGUCAGCGUGCCUGCCUGUACCCCAGAGGUAAUGGGUUCAAGGCUCGUCGCUGCUACCAUUGUGGGCGUAUGUGUUCUUGGACAAGAUGCUUAACGACAAUUGCUUCAACCCAGUGGUCACUAACGGAUUGUUUAAAUUAUCAGCCGCACAUAAAAAAUCCCCAAAAAUUUAUCACCCACAAAGUAACAUACAUGGUAUCUCGUAAGCUGGCACGAGGUGUAUGAAAUAGAACACCCGUGUUAUAACGACUUUCAUUUUCCUGCCACGCGAGGAUAUAAAGUAAGUUACAUUCAUUCAUUUAUUCAAAUCGUUUUGUUAACUUACCAUGCAUGGACACGAAAACAUUGUAAUGGUAUGCAGAAAGUAUAAUCAACUUUGAUCUUAGAUCAAAUUUCAUUGUUGACAUAACAACGAUUUAAACGGUAUGCAGAAAGUAUAAUCAAAGUUAAUUACCGAUUUUUGAUUGUC